CACAGUCCUGAGUUUGAGUUUGUUCAUUUACCAAGCGACUCACCACAGCAUCAUGAGACUUUUGAAUGGUGUGAUUAUUGUGGUAGCAGCAGGACUAGUCGGAGCCAUGGCUGAGUACCACGAGGUGUCAGUAGGAAUACCGUACAAGAUGCAGACACCAGAGUACCCCAACAACUAUUCCAACAACGCCCUCUACCGGUGGCAGCUGGAGGUAAAGGAUGCUGCUUACGUCAUCCACGUGGUUUUCACAACAAUAGACAUCGAACAAUGUAGCGGCAGCAUAUGUAACUGUGAUUACCUGGAGCUGUUUGACGGACCGUCAGAAAUGUCGUCCAGAAUCGUCAGACUGUGCUCGUCCUCACCCAUGAUGUCCGACUUGUAUAGCAGUGGUUCCAGUCUCUACAUCAAGUUCGUCAGCGAUGCUUCGAGGACUGGCACCGGCUUCACUCUGACCUACAGCGCCGUGCACCGGCAGUCCGCUUUAUUGAGCACAACGACACCCAUCGCCAGCUGGCCAACCUACUCUACAGCAUCAACAGCUGCCUGUAAUUACAGUGUCGUUACUCUACAUGCGGAUGUCAACUCUAAAGAAUUAAUUUAUUCUCCAGGCUACCCAGAUAAUUAUCCACCCAAUAGCAACUGUCAAUGGCGAAUCUCUGCCGACCAGGGCAAUGUCAUUCACCUGUUUGUUCACGAGGUGUCCAUGGAGAACUGCAACACCUGUACCUGCGACAAAGUAGUCAUGUACGAUGGUCCGUCGUCCUCUGCCAGCGAGCUGUAUCGCAUGUGCACAACAAUCCAGCCCAACUACUCCGUGUAUAGCACUGGACAGGACAUGUUCAUCACCUUCACCUCCGACUUUAAUGGCAGCGGCAGGGGCUUUGUUCUCGAGUACUGGGCUGUACCCGACCGCACCGAGAGGACCUGCGCAUUUUAUCUAGGAGCUUCGGCGAGUGAGACCAAAACCAUUUAUUCCCCUGGUUAUCCUAUGAAUUAUUCCAAUAAUGCCGAGUGCAGCUGGCAAGUACGUGCUGAUGCCGGCUACGUGGUGCAGCUGUCGGUACUGAAUGUCGACAUGGAGCAGUGCACGACCUGCUCGUGCGACAAACUGCAGAUUUUUGACGCCUCAGACUACUUGUACGGCCGGAGGAUCCGUCAGUACUGUGGGAGCUUGCACUUCGAUGUUGUGUACACCACCCAGCAGUACGCCUUCCUCACCUUCACCUCCGACUCCUCCAAAACUGGCAAAGGCUUCGUCAUUACAUACAGAGCGGUGACCUAUGACCCUGAGUUCUAUAAAACAACUGUAGGAAGCCCUACCUAUAGCCAAGAUCAGACGACUAUUCUCGUGAUGAUCGUCGUCGGUAGUCUGACGGGAAUGUCCAUCCUAGUCAUCUUCGUCGUUUUUAUCUUCUUUCUCGUCAAACGACGCCAGGCCAGAUUACUCAACACCUACAGCAACCUCCCCCACACCGGCAACACGGUCACCGUCACCAGCACCACCGUGCCGCCCAUGCAUUACUACCAGCCUAACAUUGGGGUGGUUGUCUCUGUCCCGGGUGUUGUGUACCCAGCUCAGUCGGCCCCACCUGCCUUCAUGAAUGAAGCUUUCACACCUGACUUGAUCCCGACUUCAAAUCAGUCUCUCCCUCCGCAGACAAGCCAGUGAUUUCUCACAGCACAACAGAAUAUCCAUGUUCAUACAGCAAGGUGACACACGCCGCGACAAACAAUGUUCCUCCGCAGCCACAUCUUUUCUUCGCCGAAGGGAGGAAGAAAAGCUUUCCACGAAACGCCAAUGUUAUUUUUAGCAUACUUACUGUAUUUAUGUAUAGAAUUUUGGAUUCUUGUAAAACAAAGAAAACUGUCAGUUUCUAAAUUUAACAUAAACCUUAAUGUCCCAAUGUCUUCCCUUUUCUUCGCACAAUAUCUUCUUGACACAGUGUGUUGUUGACUGGCAUCUUAUUCUGGCAACUUCUACAUCUUCGACCGUCCAUAUCUCCUCUUUGCUUUCUGAGACUUCAUCUGUUUUGAGAACAGUUAGCUGGUCUUUAUUGGCAGAAAACCAGCAUAAUAGUUACUUCUGCUCAAUCUUUUCUUCAUCUAGACUCUUAACUCAACUAUCAUUCUUACUCAUUGUCCAUCUUCACCAUCGCUAAUCCAUCUCCAUCCAAGCAUCCAAGCUCAUUAUCAUCUUAUCCACCCUCAUCAAUCAACUACCCAAGCUCAUUAUCAUCUCAUCCAUUCCUAUUGCGUAUCUCUCUAUCCUGCUCACUCAUCCUCACUCACUCGUCCCUGCUGAGCUUCUGAGCUGCACGAAUCCAUCCUCAUCAGUUAUUACUCAUUAUUACAUCAUUAUUUUCAUCGUGUUAUCAGAUGAAACUGAUGCAGAUUUACAGUCUAAAAAGAAAGUUCACGUUUUGUGUCAAAGUUUCUUGGCACACUAUACCGAAUGUAUUCGUUGGAAAUACUGAAAACAUUCCCUCGAUGUUAGAUAGUAGCAUAAUCAUAAUUGGUGUGAUGGUGUAAUGGUGUGAUGUCGGCCAGAUUCCAGUUACUCCAACAUGGACUAGCAACUGUUUUGUCUUCAUGACACACUUUUGAGGAUAGGUAAAGUGAACAAUCGAUUUGCUAAAACCGUCAUGAAUUUUUUUUUUUUAUUGGAUACUUUUUUUUCGUAUAAGCAAAGUAGAAGCAGAAUAUGUUCUUAAUAUUGUACAUACAAUUUUUAUUUAUUUAAAAAAAUAAAAGAUAUAAUAAG